UUGCUCAAGGUUGUUACAUUUUCUAAUGAAAACAGAAGAUGUCAAACAAUGUGCUUUCAACUCGUGGUAUCAUACUUUCAAAAAUUAUACACAAGAAAGUGUAUUUGUUGACCUUCCAGAAGAUCUUAUAAACUCCCUAACAAAUGAUGAGUUUAUUCUACCAAAAAGUGCGAAAGAAACAAGGUAUCCAUCGGAUUCAAGCGAUGAGGACUGGUCAGACUGUGCUGACAGUAAUGAAAAUGGUGAUGGUGUUUGCACAGAGAGACCUGAAUUUCCCCAGUUCGAAUCUCAUUUGAAAAAUAUCAUCCAGAAGUUAGGCGGUGUUGUAUUUCCUAAAUUGAAUUGGAGCGCUCCGAGUGAUGCAUCUUGGAUGUCAUGUGACAAUUCACUAAAGUGUAGAACAUUUUCAGAUAUCUAUUUACUCCUCAAAUCAUCAGAUUUUGCUGCACAUGAUUUAACUGCUCCUUAUGCUUUGUGUGCAGACACAACAGUUGAAGAAGCCUGUUGCCUUUUCACUUCUAAACCGAUUCUUGUUCUUCGCAGGUGGUAUGAUUUUCGUCCAGAAGGGGAAUUCCGGUGUUUUGUGAAAUCGAAAGUCCUCAUAGGUAUAUGUCAACGAAAAUGUGAUGCAUACUUCAAGUCCAUAGAAGAACAUCAAGAAGAAAUUAAGAAUGAUCUUAUAGAAUUCUUUAAUCGAAAAAUUAAAAAUCACUUCAAAUUGGAUAAUUACACAGUUGAUCUAUACAGGGAACAAUCGAAAAGUGGUCAAGUGCAUAUUGAAAUAAUCGAUUUUAAUGUAUUCGGUCCACCAACUGAUUCAAUUCUAUUCCAGUGGUCUGAAUUUGACAACGAUAUCCAUGAAAAAGAUACCACUCCUAUAUUUCGCUACCAAAAUGACAAGACAAUUCGUCCAAAUACAACCAACCAGUAUAGUUUACCAAUUGACCUAAUCGAUAUCGCUUCAGGAUCUGAUCCCAAUAAGAUAAUAGAUUUCAUUCAAGCUGUAAGUUUGUAAAUUAUUUUAUACUUGGUCGUAUGUGACAUUUUCAUAACAGAGUGCAAUACAUUUGUUACUUAAUAAAUUUACGGAUCUCUCCCACUCCAUAUUGGUUGGAGACGUAACUUCUGUUAUGUGGCAAAGACAUUGGCAUUCCUGCUGGUGAUUAGAAAAAGGAAUGUUUUGAUAAAUAUUCCAUUAAGCUGUUUCCUUUCAAAUGGUUACAAUUCGGAGAUCAAUCUGUGCAUAAAAAUGAUUUGAAAACACUUCAGUUAUUCUGAUUGGACACUAGUACCACACAUCUAGUCCUUUGCUUGGUGGAGAUUGAAUUUUGUCA